AUGGCCAUCGGAGAAGACAAGAAAUCUGGAGUUGCUGGCGGUGUAACCGCUGUCACCUCUACCGUCGGAAAUGGCGUCGGAGGUCUCUUGGGCACCGUAGGAAGUGUCACUGGAGCUGCGGCUCGAGGAGUCGGCAACACUGUGACUGGCGUUACAGGCAACACUGGAAAGCCACUCGGUGAUGCCCUGGCUUCUCUUGGAAACGGUCUGGAGGAUGGAACCAACAAUAUUGCUCGUGGCGUUGAGGCUGCUGGGCAAGGCAAGAAGACUUGGUAA